AUGGAUGGGCAGAUUCGGGUGCAGCCAUGCCUGCGACCCCAUCGAACCCCCAUUACUGGGCAGCCCGUAGCAUCGCCACACCAAUUUCCACUUGAUGGGCGCGGUUGGUACUUUCCAGUCCGCAGGCGAUGGCGGUCUUGGGCGUCAGUGCCAUGCUGUGCUGCAUGGGCAGUCCGGGUCACACUCCGGCUCGGAAGUUAUCGAAGACGCGGGCGACGCAGGACUUGCUGCAAAGGACUUGCAAGUAUGGGUCUGGAAGAUCUGAGCGUCGUGAUGGGCGAGAACGUGUCGAAAGAUGUUUGGUCUGCGCUGCGCCGUGGCAUCUCGCCAUUUUCUGUAAGCUUGCCCCAGAAGCAACUGGCAGCCUUGCGUGCCCUUGACUCCGACAUGGAGUCGCUACUGCGGGAGGAUGCUGUGGACUCUCUUACAGUGAUGGAGAGCGAGGCAGAAGCGCAAGGAGCGCAGAAGACGUUGAAGUACCUGCUGCGGCUUCACGAUGGCCUGGCCGUGGAGUCAGUCCUGAUACCUCUGAAGUCCAGCCCAGUGAAGACUGCCACGACAGUAUGCAUCAGCUCACAAGUUGGUUGCGCCCAGGGUUGCCGCUUUUGCCGCACAGGCGACAUGGGGCUACUCCGAAAUCUCUCCUCCGAAGAGAUUUUGGCCCAGGUGGUCCAAGGCCGUCGCAUUGCACGAGAGCUCAACCUUCCGGAGGUUCGGAAGGUUGUGUUUAUGGGCAUGGGCGAUCCUUUGGCAAACAUCCAAAGUGUCCGCACCGCAGUCGCUGCAUUGAGCGAUUCAUUUCGAAUGGCCAUUGGGCGCAAGCGGUUGCAGGUCUCCACUGUCGCCCCGACGCCUGCACAGGUCAUGCAGAUGGCUGGCAUGCGUUGUGGCGUGGUGUGGUCACUCCAUGCAGCCAACGACGCUUUGCGUGCUAAGCUGGUCCCCACUGCAAAGCACACAAUCCGUGAUUUAAGAAAUGCGUUCAUGGAGUUGCUGAAAGCAGGAGGUGGGGUGACACCCGAUCGUCGCUUGCUGGUGGCUGUUGUCAUGAUUGCUGGGGUUAAUGACGACGAAGAACACGCGCGGGAGCUGGCAGAUUUCCUGCGCCCAAUGUAUGCGCAUCCUGAUGUUGGCAUUGCAUUGAACCUUAUUCCUUACAAUCCGAAUCCUGGACAGGAAGAAUUUUGCACAUCGGAUUAUCGAACAAUGCUCCGAUUCCGUGAAGUGGUGAACGAAGAGCUGCCACUACUGGGGAUCCACCUCCGACGCACCCGCGGAGCAGCCGGCUCGGCGGCCUGUGGGCAGCUUGCCACCCCGAAGAAAACAAGCGCGCGGCUGUGCAAAGAGUAG